AUGUAAAGAAAAAACUUUUAAAAGGUAGCAUUUCUCAGAAUUGUUUACAUUUCGUUCCCAAUUAAUUAUUAUCUUAAUAAUUCAGCACUAGAAUGGCUGCAGUUGUAACAGAAAAUGAUGUUACCGAAAAUGUAGUGGAAAAUGGAGAAGAUGACGAUGUAGAGGUUAUCGAUGAAGGUGACACAAAAGAUCCCGCAAAGAAGAAGAAAAAGAAAAAAAAGAAGAAGAAGGCAGGUAAAGAUUAUUAUAAUGGAAAUUUUUACAACCUAAAGAACGAAUAACUGAGAAUUCUAAAUGUUAUAUGUACAAAUAUAAGUUUGUCAUGUUGAAGACAAAUAUUAAAAUACGCCAUUCGAAAUCACGAAAGUUCAUCAACAUCAUAAUAUUGUUAAAUUAUCAUUAUCUUAGUACAAAGGUCGCAAUAACAAUGACGAUUAAUACAAACAGAAUAACAUUUUUAGAAGGUGAAACUGCUAAAGAAAGUCCGACAGAAGUGACUGCAACAACAGAAAAAUUAGAGGCAUUAUCUCUUGGAGAGAAUGCUGGUGAAGGUGAUGAGAAAAAGAAAAAGAAGAAGAAUAAGAGUAAAUCUGGAAAAGGAUCUUCUAAGGAGCAGACCGUCCCACCUACUAUACCAGUAGCGGAACUAUUUCCUGAUGGAAACUUUCCUGAGGGUCAAAUUAUGGACCAUGGUCCUGCUGAGGGUAUUGAUGAGAGAACUGCAAAAAAUCGUUUUACAAGUGAGGAGAAAAGAGCUCUUGAUAGAUUACAUAAAGAUAUUUAUCAGGAAAUCAGACAUGCUGCUGAAGCCCACAGGCAGACAAGAAAACACAUCCGCAAUUGGAUCAAGCCUGGCAUGACUAUGAUAGAUAUUUGUGAAGAGUUAGAGAAGACUGCGAGACGUCUUAUUGGUGAAGAUGGGCUCAAAGCAGGUCUGGCUUUCCCCACAGGAUGCAGCCGCAACCACUGUGCAGCGCAUUAUACUCCUAACACAGGUGAUACAACAGUUCUCGAAUAUGAUGAUGUAGUGAAGAUCGACUUUGGUACUCACAUAAAUGGUCGCAUUAUUGACUGCGCCUUCACACUACACUUUAACCCACGCUAUGAUCCCCUUGUGAAGGGCGUUCAAGAGGCUACAGAAGCUGGCAUUAAGGCGUCAGGGGUCGAUGUAAGGCUUUGCGAUGUAGGUGCUGCUGUACAAGAGGUAAUGGAGUCACAUGAAGUUGAACUCGACGGGCAGAUGUACCAGGUGAAACCAAUCCGUAAUCUUAAUGGACAUUCAAUUGAACCUUAUAAAAUCCACGCCGGUAAGACAGUCCCGAUAGUGAAAGGUGGCGAGACAACGCGCAUGGAGGAGAACGAAAUCUACGCUAUAGAAACUUUCGGAUCCACUGGACGUGGUCAAGUUCACGACGACAUGGACUGCUCUCACUACAUGAAAAACUUCGAUCAGCAAUUUGUUCCGUUGAGAUUGCAAUCGUCGAAACAGCUUCUGAACGUGAUCAACAAGAACUUUGGUACACUCGCGUUUUGCAAGCGCUGGCUGGAACGCGCCGGGGCCUCUCGUUACGCGAUGGCGCUGAAGGACCUCUGCGACAAGGGGGUGGUGGACGCCUACCCGCCCCUCUGCGACAUCAAGGGGUGCUACACCGCACAGUUCGAACACACCAUCCUGCUCAGACCCACCUGCAAGGAAGUCGUGUCCCGUGGCGAUGACUACUAACCUCCGAUCCGACUAACCUUUUGAACGCCACCUCAUAUUCAUCAACACGUGUAAAUCCUAACUCGGGACAGCUCUAACUGUAGUGGUCAAAAGGUUAAAAGAUCUACAAAUGUUUGAACUGUUUUAAUACUGGAAAUGUAGUUGUAAUGCUUUUAUAACAUGUUUUGGAGUCGUAACUGAAUACUAAUAAAUGUACUUACGGGGUGUAAGGGAGACGCUCUGCAAGCAAGAACUUUGAGUCACAAAGAAUAAUGUUCAUAUGCUAAGUAUGCAAUAAGCCAGCGGUCGGGGAACUUUUUUAAUUAUUACCCCAAAAUAUUUUUGUGUAAGUUGAUAUUACCCCAUGGCGAAGAACAAAAAAAAAACGAAAUCGCUUCUUUUCAGCAUCUUUCAUAUUAUAGCCCACAUGAUAAUUUGGAAAGAAAAAAAUAUAUAUAUUUUCGUUUCAUUUCAUUUCUUUUGAUCGAGUUUAAAAUCACAACGAUUCUAUAGAAGUUUCACUUCAAUAUAUACUUUUUACACACAAAAGUUUCAUUUUUACCCUCCAAAAUUUCAUUUUACCCCAUUUGGGGUAAUUUACCCCGGUUCCCCGACCGUUGCAAUAUGCCCUCGUGUAUAACUUGGUGUUGCAUGGCCAAUGACCAAUAUUUCACCAUGUAGUUUGGCUUUCCGAAUCGUGUCCCUUAUAACGCGUAAGCCGAGUGGAA